GUACGCGGGGAGACCGAGGGCGCGGGGCCGCGGGGGCCGCGGGGGCCGCGGAGCUGCGCUGCCGAGCCGAGCGGAGGAAGAAGCCGGGACUAGCGGGACCGGAGGGCCUGGUUUCAGCACCAGGCGGAGCGCGGCGAUCAGCGGGGAGGGCCGAGGCCAGCUGCCAUGUCCUCCACGGUCAACAACGGGGCGGCCAGCAUGCCCUCCCCACCGGACGCGGCGAACGGCUUCCCGCAGCCCGGCGCCUCCUCGGGGGCCUGGCCGCGGACGGAGGAGGAGUUGCGCGCCGCCGAGCCGGGCCUGGUGAAGCGCGCGCACCGCGAGAUCCUGGACCACGAGCGCAAGCGGCGCGUGGAGCUCAAGUGCAUGGAGCUGCAGGAGAUGAUGGAGGAGCAAGGGUACUCAGAGGAGGAGACCCGGCAGAAGGUCAGGACUUUCCGGCAGAUGCUGAUGGAGAAGGAAGGAAUGCUCACCAGGGAGGACCGACCUGGGGGCCACAUCGUGGCGGAGACCCCGCGGCUGCUCGAGGGCGCGGAGCCGGGCUUGGAGUACGCGCCCUUGGACGAGGACGACGGCCCGGUGGACUGCGACUGCCCGGCCGCCUGCUACCGCGGGCACCGAGGGUACAGAACCAAGCACUGGUCCAGCAGCUCCGCGUCGCCCCCUCCCAAGAAGAAGAAGAAAAAGAAAGGCGGCCACCGGCGAAGCCGCAAAAAGAGGAGACUGGACUCUGAGUGCAGCUGUGGCAGCUCCUCACCCCUGCGCAAGAAGAAGAAAAGCGUGAAGAAGCACCGCAGAGACAGGUCUGAUUCCGGGUCCCGGAGGAAGAGACGACACAGAUCUCGAAGCCCCAAGAGCAAAAGAAAAGAGAAGAACAAAGAGAGGAAGAGGCCACACGGGGAGUCCCCAGGUCGGAGGUCCAAUCGCCACAGCAGCGGCAGCUCCCAGAGCCCCUCCCUCUCCUCCCGUUACAGCGAUUCCAGAUCGCCCAGCAGGCUGAGCCCCAAGCACCGAGAUGACGGGCGGAAGACAGGCAGCCAGCGGUCCAGCGGGAGCCGGUCGCCCUCCCCGUCUGGCGGCAGCGGAUGGGGGUCGCCCCAGCAGAACGGCGGCAGCAGACAGCGGAGCGGAGCGCACGGGGGCCGCCCCGGCUCGGCGCACAGCCCGCCAGAUAAGCCCAGCUCGCCCUCGCCCAGGGCCCGCGACCAGGCGGAGGCCGGCGCAGCCACGCCGCCCGCGCGGGGCAAGGAGAGCCCGAGCCCGCGCUCGGCGCCGUCGUCUCAGGGCAGAGGAGGCCGCGCGGCGGGCGGGGCGGCCAGGCGGCGGCGGCGGCGGCGGCGGCGGCGGCGCUCCCGGUCCUCGGCGUCCGCGCCCCGCCGCAGGGGCCGCCGGCGCGCCCGGCCCGCGCCGCCCCGGGGCUCGUCGCGCUCGCUCAGCAGGGCCCGCUCCAGCAGCGACUCCGCCGGCGGCGGCGGCGGCGGCGCCCCGGAUCCCGGGCCCGAGCCCGGCUCCGAGCGAGGCCACGGCGCGCACGGGAAACGGACCAAGGAGCGGCCCCCGCGCGCCCGGCCGGCCAGCACCUCCCCGUCCCCGGGCGCGCACGGCAGGCACGGCGGCCCGGAGGGGAAGAGCUCGUCGCGCAGCCCGGGCCCCCACCCGCGCUCGUGGAGCUCCAGCCGCUCGCCCUCCAAGUCCCGCUCGCGCUCUGCGGAGAAGAGGACCCGCAGCCCCAGCCGCUCGCCGUCGCCCAAGAAAACCCUGGGCCGGGACAAGGACGGCGAGGGCCGCGCGAGGCACGCCGAGGCCGAGGCCGCCCGCGCGCGGCGCCGCUCCCGCAGCUACUCGCCCAUCCGCAAGCGGCGCCGGGACUCGCCCAGCUUCAUGGAGCCGCGGCGCAUCACCAGUGCCCGAAAGCGUCCCAUCCCCUACUACCGGCCCAGCCCCUCGUCCUCCUCCAGCUGCCUGAGCAGCGACUACUCAAGCCGGAGCCCCAGCCACAGCCCCAGUCCAGGCCACAGCCAUGGAAGCUACAGCAGCCGCAGCCGUGGGACCCGCAGCCGCACACGCAGCCCCUCCCGGACCCCCAGUCCCAGCUACCACAGCCGGAGCAGCUCAGAGAGUGGGGGCUUCUGAGCCCAGACAGACUGAGCUUGGUGCCCCCUGGCAUAGGGAAAGGCAAGGGGUCAGGCCCCAGGACCAUGAGGGGGCCUGCACCCCUCUGCUACAAAGAGGUCCCCAGGCCAGGGAAGACCUUGAGGGUGGGCGCCCUGCAGAGGAGGAGGA